AGAACAUCGAAUUUCUUCCUCCAGCUCGUUCUUGGUGGUAUUCUCCACGGUCGCCAACUCCCCUCGGUCUUCUUUCUUUCACUCCUCCCUAUUUUUACCUUCGAUCUAGCUGUUACUUCGAUAUUUUAUUGAACAGCUGGGAUUGAAGCCGCCCACCAUGACGCUCUUCAUCCUCUCCGAAACCAGCGCGGGUUAUGCCCUGCUUAAGGCCAAGGACAAGAAGCUCCUCAAGAGGGAGGAUCUGGCUACUGAGGCUGCCACUGCUGAGGGUGUCUCGAGCUUGUUGAAGCUCAAGAGCUUCCAGAAGUUCGACAGCGCCGCUACUGCCCUGGAGGAAGUCGCCUCUCUCGUUGAAGGCAAGGUUUCUCCUCGUCUGGCCAGUCUUCUCGAUGAGAUCAAGGACGAGAAGAAGGCCUCCUUGGCUGUUGCCGACCCCAAGCUCGGUGUCGCUAUCAGCAAGGUUCCCGGUCUUUCUCUUCAAUUAAUUGCCGAUUCCAGCACUGCCGAUGUCUACCGUGCUAUUCGUGAACAUCUGCCCACGUUAAUUCCCGGCCUGCUUCCCCAGGAUAUGUCGACUAUGUCGCUGGGUCUGUCUCACUCUCUUGCCAGACACAAGCUCAAGUUCUCGCCUGAUAAAAUCGAUACUAUGAUUGUACAAGCCAUUGGGCUUCUGGAUGAUUUGGACAAGGAGUUGAACAACUAUGCCAUGCGUGUGAAGGAGUGGUACGGCUGGCAUUUCCCCGAAUUGGCCAAGAUCCUCAACGACAACCUCGCUUAUGCCAAGCUCGUCCUGAAGAUGGGCAUGCGAUCUAACUGGGAGUCUUCCGACCUCGCCGAGAUCCUUCCCGAGGAAAUUGAGGGCGCCGUCAAGACCGCCGCCGACCGCUCCAUGGGUACCGAGAUCAGCGAGCAAGAUCUCGAGAACAUCCAGGCGCUGGCGGAGCAGGUUGUUGGUUUCACGGAGUACCGUCAGCAGCUCAGCGGCUACCUGACUUCCCGUAUGAAUGCCAUUGCCCCCAACUUGACUGCCCUGGUGGGUGAACUGGUUGGCGCCCGUCUGAUUGCCCACGCCGGUAGCUUGACCAACCUGUCCAAGAGCCCCGCCAGUACCAUCCAGAUCCUUGGUGCUGAGAAGGCCCUGUUCCGCGCCUUGAAGACCAAGCACGACACCCCCAAGUACGGUCUCAUCUACCAUGCUUCCCUCAUCGGCCAGGCCAGUGGCCGCAACAAGGGCAAGAUGGCCCGUGUGCUUGCCGCCAAGGCCUCUCUCGGUAUCCGUGUGGAUUCCCUCGCCGAGUGGGAGGAUGAUGUUACGGAAGAAGAGAAGGCUGCGCUUGGUACCGAGGCGCGCUUCAACCUUGAGCGGAAACUCGCCGCUAUGGAAGGCAAGGCGCUCAAGCCCCGCGGUGUCGUCAUCGCCCCCAACGGCGCGGCUUCCCAGCCCAAGAAGUUCGAGAUCAACGAGGCCCGGAAAUACAACGCUGACGCUGAUGCUCUCACCGGCGAUGAGCCUCCUGCCGCUCAGAAGGACAAGAAGCUUGUGCAGGAGGUCGACGACGAGGAGAUGGCCGAUGCUGACUCGGACGAGUCUUCUGACGAAUCGGAUGAUGAACCCAGCAAGAAAUCCAAGAAGGGCAAGUCCGAUUUGGAGAAGUUGGCCGAGAAGGCCGGCCUCAGCGUCAAGCGGUACCAGCGCAAGCUCGAGCGCGGCGAGAUCGAAUUCGGCGCGGAUGGCACGCCCAGCUCGAUCAGCAAGAAGGACUUGAAGAAGGCCAAGAAGGAAUCGAAGAAGUCCUCCAAGACCGACGAGAAGAAGCGCAAGCGCAGUGACGACGGGGAGGCGGUCGACAAGUCGGAGAAGAAGAAGAAGAAGAAGGGGAAGGACUAAAUGUGGAAGACGCACGAAAAAGGUAAAAAGUUAUACUGAUCUGAUCUGACGGAUGGUUUCAAGUUCUGUAUGAUAUCACAGAUUUUGUGGGUUGAAUUUUCUUGUCAUUUCUUUUGAGCUCUAUCAAUGUUUGGGCGGCAUUUCACAG